AUGAAUUUAAACUCUGAUUAUCAUCAUGAUUCAAUCAAACAGAUCAAUGAUUUAAAUAUAAUCCAAGUUUUGAAUAAUUUUGUUGAAGAAUGGCAUCAUAAGAACUCACUCAAAAUUCAAUAUGAAAUAUUGAAUGAAAUUCAUCAGAAUGUUUCCACCACUCUACUAUCUGAUCCAUCCGUACUAAAUCAUGAUCUAUUCUUUCUAAUAAUACAAUUGAUGACUGAUAUGUUAAAUAAAUGGUCAAUAAUGGAACAACAAGAAAUUGUGUGUUUCAAAUGUAUUACAGAUCUCUUGUAUACUAUAAUUAAUAAGCGAAUUAAUGAAUUAAAUCUUGAAUCAUUCAAAAAUCUCUUAUUGAACAAUACACUUGUACAAUCUAUAAAAUAUUUUGUUGACAAUUCUUUAUCAACUAUAUUGGAUAUAGAUGAAAAGAUAGUUUUCGGUGUUAGUAAUCUACUAUUGAUAUUUAUUGAAUUGCAGUAUGGUAGAGAAAAUAUUACUAAUAAUCCAAAUCUAAUAGAAUUAGCUGAAUCAAUAGUUAAAUGGGUCUCAUCAAUUGAAUAUUUUAAUAUUUUAAUUAAUUUAAACGAAACAAAAUCACUAACUGUUCAAGAAAACUUUCUUGUCAUUUCUUGUCCACAUUAUUUUUCUCGUUAUCGUGGCAAAAACAAUGAACUUUUAACAAAUAGUCUCUGUGAUUUAAUGUUACAACGAUAUGAACAAAUAUUAUCAAAGUUAACAUCAAUAUUACCCGAUUGGAAUGAAUCAAUAAUGACAGCUGUUCGCUAUAUGUGUUAUGCUCUACGACAAAUGGGCGAGCAUUCAUCGACUAGACAACAUUUUACUGAUCAUUUGACUAUUAUUGAUUCAAUCUUGUUAAUAUUAAAUUCGUCACAAUUACAAAAUAAGGUUUUAAGUGAUGAAGAUAAUUUCGAAACAAAAUUGUUAUAUGCAGCUAUAUGGGUAUUAUCACCGAUGGGAAAAGAUCCAAAUCUUUCUGCAUAUUUAAAAGAUCAACAUGAUAUUCAAACAUUUCAUACAUUAACAAAUGCAAAAUGUCAAGCAUUACAAAUGUACGCCUAUAAAAUAUUAGUUACUGUCAUGAAUGAAGAUGAUAUAAAAAAUCUAACGGAUCCUCGAAAAAUAACAGCAAUAUUUAUCGAUUUUAUUAGACAAGCCAUCGCAAGUCCACUUCAUUCGAGUGCUGGUGGAAAACUACAAGGUCUUCUAUUUAAUUUGAAAGGUAAAAUAGAAUCUAAAUUAUUCUAUAUUGAUCGUGCAAUAUUUUACCUUUAA